AUGACGACGACCGCCUAUGAAGUCGCAGGAUGGUUGGAGAAGAUGGAUUCGCCCGAUAAGGCUCUGAGCUUGGAAUUAAUAAAAAGAAAGCAAGGUUACUCGCAAAUUGCUGAAGUUGUUGGAGGACAAAAACGGCGAAAUCCAGUGGAUUUGACGGUGCGUUGCUUAGCCACUGUUGUUGCUCGAUCGAAAGACCCCCAGGCUGACUUCGUCGUAGAUUCGCUUUGCACAAAUUUGACCGCGCAAAAGCCCGAGCUAAGAGACGUUUCUUCUGUGGCUUUGAAGACUGUUGUUUCGGAGUUGCCAACGGGCUCCAGUCAGGCAUCAAAUAUUGUCAGCCGACUUACUCCACAACUAUCGAAAGUUUUGAGAGACAAUCCAGAAAUCGAAGCUGGUGUUCGCAUGGAGAUGCUUGAUAUUUUGGCAGAUGUGCUUUUCAGAUAUGGAGGAACCAUCGCUCAACACCACAAUUUUAUCAAGGAUGUUUUGCUGCAAGUCCUAGCUUCUUCAACUCGGCAAGCCAUCCGCAAACGAACCAUCAAUUGCUUGGGAUCACUUUGCUCGUGCUGUGAUGCCGAAAUAUUCGAAGAGAUCUCUGCCUUCUUGUUGGACAAGCUUAACAACUCACCAAAUGAAGAUACUGUGCAAACGUUGUCUACGGCCUUUGCUUCUCGUAAAAAGCAAAUCCUGCUCGCUUCGCCAGGCAUCUUUCAUCGGUUUGAUGUCCUUCCGAGAUUGCGCCGUUCGUGGAGAAAAUUGAAAAAAGUUGCGCUCGAAUUUCUCUGUCACGAUCCAAAUUAUUGCGGUGACAGUGAUGAUGAAGGGAUGGAUGGCGAAGACGAAGAUGAUGACCAAGACUUUUCGGACGACGAUGAUGUGUCGUGGAAAGUUCGACGCUCUGCUGCUAAAGUUAUUGAGGCUUUGAUUGUUUCUCGACGUGAACACAUGAAACAUUCGAUUACCGCUUUUGGACCAAUUUUAAUUGGUCGGUUGAAGGAGCGAGAAGAAACUGUUCGAAUUGAUGUCGUGCGAGCCUACAUUUCUUUGCUCCGUCAAAUUUCAACUUUCAUUCCAUCUACACCAAGUGCAACGGGUGGCGAAAACAAAGAGAAUCAGGUUAUCGGAUACAUCCACUUUGCAGCUGGCUCUUUGUCGAAUGAACAGUUGGAGCUUCUUAAAGCUAUUCAACACCAAGUACCUACUAUCACCAAAGCCGUCGCAAAAUUGCUCAAAAAUCGCAGCACUCGAACAAAAACAAUAGCUCUUGCCCUGCUUACCCACUUGUCAAAACUUUGCCCGGAUCACUGUCUGAUCAAUUUCUUGCCAUUCUGCCCUCUGUGGAAAACAUUUUCAAAGAGAAAUCCACCACCUCACAAA